CCCCUAGAUGGAGUAUUCCACCAAAACUCUUGCUGCUGGCUGCUUUGGGAAGAUAUACAGGGAGAAGUACAAUGACACCUGGGCUGCAAUCAAGAAGGUGCCACAACACUUAAUCAAUCGGAGAGACCUGGAGAGAGAGUGUCAAGUAUACAAUAAGGCAAUUCAUCCUAACAUAGUGAAGCUUCUGGGUAAUCCAACACUCAAGGACUCUAAGUGGAUCAUCCCCAUGGAGUUCAUCUUUGGAGAGGAACUGGAGACAACCAUCUUCAAAUCACAAAAAUCUAAAAUACAGUUAACUCCAUCUAUAAAGGCCACCAUCAUCACAGGCAUGUGUGAAGGACUACUUCACCUACACAGCAAAGAUAUCGUCCAUCAGGACCUCAAGCCUGAGAACAUCAUGGUAGAGCAUGACACUCACCGAGCUGUGAUCAUUGAUAUGGGACUGGCCAAAUUCUUCCGCAAUGGCCUAAAUUCUGCCGUGGAUAUGGGCAACGAGGCCUACUCUCCACCUGAGGUCCUGCAGAGGAGGGGCCACCGAGACCAGCGUUCAGACGUGUGGGCUAUGGGUAAAAUCAUCGCUGAACUCUGUGCCAGAGUCAGGCUGCACACCCCCAGUGUCUGUCCGGCUAAGAUCCAUGAGAUCCUCAGUCUCCAGGGACAGCAGUACUGUAAUGCUGUCUGUAGGAUGGUGCAGAGCGACCCCACAGUGCGAGCCACCAUCCAUCAGGCAUGGCUCAACCCAGUCAAGAUGUCAUGAAACAGCUUCUCUACAAAGAGGCGUCGAAGGGUCUCCCAUGCCCACUCCCCACAAAGGGCAAAGUGCGAAUCCGCCGCUAUGAGCAAAGAAAUGGUGAAGUGGAGACUUGGGAGCAAAAGGAGGUGGAGACUGAAGGAGGGAGGAUAGUCAAGUUUGAGGAUGUGAUGUUUAACAACAAGUCAUAAGAAGGUUAUUGAGAGGUUGUGAAAUAGUUGGGAGUUGAUUUGACUCUGCUUCUCCAGAGGGUGGGUCACUCCCCUUCCAUCCUUCAUUGUAAAAGUGUAUGUUUAUGGAGAGGGGGAAGAGUAUAUUUGGGAGGGGGGAUAAACUAAUGGAAGAAUUCUAAUGUCCAGUGAAACUAUACUGGACGUGCUGUGCCUAAAAACAAAGUGCCACAAUAUCUAAGUGAGACAAAAGAAAAUGCAAUAAACUAUCAACAACAAAAGUUGUCUUGCACUGGUAAGAAGGAAACCUUGGAGUGAGUUAAGGUUGAUUAAGGAUUUAAGGAUGAUCUCUAAAGUACUAUCACUUCUUCUAAUGCUACAUGUUACAGUAUGGCUACAAUGUUGCACAUCUGGUUAGGUGACAGUGUACAGAGGCACCUGGAGUCAAGUAACUAUCUGUGAAUGUUUUUGAAACCUUUUUGUUUUGGGAAUCUCAUCCCAGUUGCAAAUAAGUUGUCUCUUUAGCUCUAUAUCAUACAUUUGACUGUGUACAUAGUACAAAAGCAUUUGUUUUGUAUCA